AUGCAAGAGAAACCGGGAGUUAGCGCUAGUGCCGCGUUUGUGCCACCCCUGGAAGAAAAAGUUGAUGUGCUUAUUUGCGGUAGUGGUUCCGCCGGUCUCUGCGCAGCCGUGUGGCUCGCCCGGACCGGGAUCAAUUACCGCAUUCUUGAGCGUGGGAGUGGCCCCCUGAAACACGGCCAGGCCGAUGGUGUGCAGUGUCGUACCGUCGAGGUUAUGGAGAGCUUUGGCAUUUCCGAACCCCUCAUUCAGGAGUCAUAUCAUGUUCUUGAAGUUGCCUUCUGGGGCGAGGAUGGAAAAGGUGGCAUCUCACGGGGGAAGACGACACCCGAUACCCAGCCUGGGCUGACCCAUCUCCCACACGUCAUCCUCAGUCAGGGCCGCAUCAACGAGUUGAUGAUCAACGAAACAAAGAGGGCCGGCGGCGAAUCCAGGAUACGCUACGACUGCGAAGUGAAGGAUGUUAAGGUCGAUGAGACCAGGGCAAACGACCCGAAUGCUCAUUGCGUCACCGUCACAGCCAUUCAAGAUGGGGUAGAACGAAAUUUCAGAGCUAAAUAUGUUCUGGGUUGUGAUGGCGCUCAUAGUCAAGUGAGGCGCUCUCUUGGAUUUUCAAUGGUUGGCGACAGUACCGACGCCAUCUGGGCUGUCAUGGACAUCCAUCCCCAGACCAAUUUUCCCGAUAUCCGUAAGAAGACGAUUAUCCACUCCCAGGCUGGCAACCUUAUGAUCAUUCCCCGAGAGGGGGACUCCAUGGUUCGCUUCUAUCUGGAGCUGCCGAAUGCCAAGGUCGCGUCAGAUGUCAAGCUUGAGAACCUGGUUCCCUUGAUCAAAGACAUUUUCCACCCAUACACCAUGGAUAUUGCCGAGACUGUAUGGUUCUCCGCCUAUGUUAUCGGACAGCGUCGUGCCGACUACUUCACCCAGAGUCACCGCGUCUUCCUCACUGGCGACGCCUGCCACACACAUUCGCCAAAGGCCGGUCAAGGAAUGAAUGUCAGCCUCCAAGACGGAUACAAUAUCGGCUGGAAACUUGCUGGUAUCCUCCGCGGCGAGCUUCGCCCGGACAUUCUGAAAACAUACGUCAGCGAGCGUCAGAAGACGGCCACCGAGCUCAUAGAGUUCGACCGCUUCUUCACGAAGCUCUUCAAUACCGCCUAUCGCAAGGAGAACAACAUUUCCGAGGAGGAGUUUGCCAAACAGUUCGUCAAAGCCGGUCUGUACACCGCCGGGCUUGCGACUGAAUACCUGCCCUCCGUCCUCACUGUGCCCUCUGAUGAGGAUCGCUCUCUUGCUUCGGGUGUCGAAGUUGGAAAGAGAUUCCCUAGCACUAUCGUUAUGCGCUUCUCCGACGCUCGCCCGCUGCAGUUGGUUAAGGCUCUCCCCGCCGAUUCGAGGUGGAACCUUGUCAUUUUCCCGGGCGACAUUAAUAACAAAGACUCCAUGAAGCGGUUCGAAACGGCCACUCUCGAGCUCAUAAAACUCGUCAACAACUUCACUUCCCCGGAUGAGGAUCUGAACAGCGUCAUAAACCCAGUCGUAGUGCUCGCAACGGAGCGCAAAGACCUCUCACAAAGCCAAAUUCCUGAUUUUUACACUCCCUCGAUCGGUCGUCGGCGUGUGCGAUGGCUCCACAACGUAUUCACCGAUGAGGCGGGGCCCUACUCGCCUCAUGGCCACGCUUAUGAGAAAUAUGGCGUUGAUCCCAGUCGCGGCGCACUUAUUAUUGUUAGGCCGGACCACUAUGUUUCUAAGGUUCUCCCCCUUGAGAGUGCAGCUCAGGUCUCAACGUUUCUUGAGGCUUUCAUGAUUCCGAUCGGCGAGCGGGUGGCGUCGGCAAUUGAGAAGCUGUAA